AUGUCAUUCCAGCGUGUUGUCUUCCCAUACUACCCCCGCCUGGGACGCUACAACCUUAAUUUCUACGAUGCAGAGCGGGCGUGCCACGAUCAGGAUGCUAUCGUGGCAUCUUUUGACCAACUGUAUGACACAUGGCGUGGAGGGAUGGACUGGUGCAAUGCUGGCUGGCUGUCUGAUGGCACAGUCCAGUAUCCCAUCAACACCCCCAGAGAACCCUGUGGUGGCAAGAACACAGUGCCAGGCAUUCGGAACUAUGGGUUGAGAGACAAGGACAAGAACCACUAUGAUGUUUUCUGCUUUACCUCCCACUACAAAGGUCGUUUCUACUACCUGAUCCAACCCUUUAAGCUGACCUAUGAUGAGGCAGUCAGGGCAUGCCAAAAAGAUGGUGCUCAAAUUGCCAAGGUUGGCCAGAUGUAUGCUGCCUGGAAGCUGCUGGGCUAUGACCGCUGUGAUGCAGGCUGGUUGGAGGAUGGCAGUGUCCGUUACCCCAUCUCCCACCCACGCCGGCGCUGCAGUCCCACUGAAGCUGCUGUUAGGUUCAGUGGCUUCCCUGACAAGAAGCAUAAGCUGUAUGGAGUGUAUUGUUUCAAGGGCCACAACUGAGCCACAACACACAUCCAGCAAACAAUUACAUACACUAACAUGCAUCAACACAUACAAUAAUGAGCAUAAUAAUUGAGAGAAAGAAAACAGAGAAAAAAGCACAUUCAAACUGUGAUAGUUUUUUUUUUUUUAAUGGAAACCUUAAGAUGUUUUAUCCAGACCGAUUCAUGUUGUGCUUUGUAAACUGGGACCUUAUAUUCUACAAGGGAUAGUUUACGCAUAUUUAAGGUUUAUAUUAUUUAAUCAAUGCCCUUCAGAGAGGUGGGCACAUUGUUGUGGGGAUUAGAUAACCUACGGCUACAGACAUACUGUCAUUUACAAAUGGACUAGGCUCGUCAAAGUCUGAAAGUCUGAAACGUAACUAAUCCAAUCUCUGCUGUUCAAUGUUAACAAGGUGCUAAGACAGGUACUUUGUAAAUCAUCCUACCACCCAGUGUUUUAUUUUUUUUUAUACAAACGUGAUGAACCAAACACUAGUCUCAUCACCAAAAUGAAAAAGAAAUCAUUUAACUGUUAGCAUUGUUUAUGUUUUCUAAGUAUGUAGAAUGUGAUAAUCUAGAAAUGUAUUUCUGUUAAUGACUAUUUUUUGAUAUACUGUAGAAAUAUUUAGAAUAUAAUUUUUAUCUUUCUGGUCAAACUAUCCAAGUCUAUUGGGUUUACAUGAAGCAUACAAUAACGGUGGUAAAAACACCACAAAAAAUGAUUUUGCACUGAAUUUACCGAAUAUGAUGCAUAGAGGAGAGAAGACAAGGCAAACAGCAGUUUGCUCUUUGCAGCAAUACAGAAUGCCUGGCAUGAAAAAAUGCUUUGCAGUGCUAGAGUACGUUUUGUUCUUCAGAGCAUGCCUUGACUUCAACAGCAAAAUCGCUAUUAGAGUAUAGCUACUCUUGCUAUCUAUUUAGCGCCUUAUAGACUGCUAUUUUUGAUACAAAUGCCAUAGAUUCUUCUAGCUUAUUACCAGAGCCAGGCUUUGCCCUGCUUGUGACUGAUGUUGCUCAUUAGCCCAGCAAUCCCAGUGCAACUUGAGAGGACAAUCAAAAAAAUCCUGUUAUUCAGUUGUGGGUUUGACCUUCAGCAUGUGUUUGUAAUAUCAUAAAAAUCUGCUUUCUGCAUACAGUGUUGCUUGACCUUUAAAUCACAUUUUUCUACUGCAUUCCUCUCCUAUGAUGGUGCUAGGCUGCUGUUAACUAGAAUUGUAGCUAGAAUUGGAAAAUUUAGAUUUAAAUCCAGGUUAUGCUCAGGUUUAUGUUUGAUCUGUUUUAGUCAACAAAAAAGCAAAACAAUAAAAAGAAAUAAAUAUUAGUUAUGUCACAAAAUCAAAGAUUUAGUUGUUUGUACCACUGAAAUUGCAAAGUUCUUUGUGCCAAAUACAAAGAAAAAAGCAAAAUAGUGACUGUUAGUAUGCUAACAGACACACAUGGCCAAUGACUACUACUCACACUGUGGAUUGUCAGCCUAAACAAGACUUGCAAACUCUUUGGACCCAAAAAUCUACCCUCUCUUUAACAAGUCAUAUAGUAUUGAUGCUUU